UCGUAGAUUUAUUCUCGGGGCUCCUGUCGAUUUGGGUCUUUCCUGGUUGCCUGAUAAUCUGAUUAAAGUACAGUGUGUUUUUAUGUCAAUAUUAUGGAGUCUGGCCCCUUUUGAGUUCAAAUUCAACCCUUUUCUGCACUCACCCAACCUACCUGUUUUCACUUUGUGAAGAUUACAUUUUAUUUUUAUCUUCCUAUCCACAAAUUUUUAUGGACAGUUUUAAGCGUAUGAAACCAGACGUGCUCAUGGAGAUGGGUUUAGCUAUGCUAGAAGAUGAGGAUGAGCCAUUAUCUGCAGGCGAUUCACAGACCAUGGUUUCAAUGCGCAGUCCAUACAACAAUACUGAAACCAAACUGCUGAGUAGGGUCAAUGAAGAUAUCAAUACUUUCAACGAUCCAUUUGGAGAUAAUUUCAUGAUGUUCAGGAGACAGAAAUCCAAUGGUCGCACAGGAGAAGAUCAUUUCAGAACAUUGUCGGAUGAAAUGGUGCUGAGUGUUUUCAGAUGGCUCCCUAAAAAGACUUUAAAGCAAUGUGCUUUAGUUUGUCGAAGAUGGCGUAACAUUGCUCGUGAUGAAGAGUUGUGGACGCGUUUGGAUCUUGGAUUCAAAACACUUUGUCCAGGGAACUUGGGAGACAUAAUUAAAAGUGGUGUUCGGAUUUUGCGCCUAGCCCAAGCUGAUAUUCCAGAACCUGCUUUUGAGCCCAACACUUUCCCAGAUGAUUAUGUCAGCAGACUACAAUUCUUGGACCUUAGUAUGGCUGUCAUUUCUCAUCAAGGAUUGAAAGCUUUGUUGAAGAGAACAAAGCAUCUGAUUAAACUCAGCUUGGAACACUGUGUCGUUAGUGAUGAAGUAUGUGAUGCAAUUGCACAAAACACUCAAUUGGAAGUUCUGAAUAUGACCAUGGUGUAUGCCUUGUCACCAAAUGGCUUGAGAACAAUUAUAACGAAUUGCAGGCGGCUGGUUGCUUUAAACUUGGGGUGGAGUGGUUUGACUGUUGAGGCACUUGAUGUCCUUAUGUCUUGUUUACCUCCAAAUAUCAGUCAGUUAAAUUUGAGUGGGUGCCGUCAACAGUUUUUAGAUAGACAUGUCUUUCAACUUGUAAGAGGUUGCCCUAAGCUCAUGGAGCUUGAUAUAAGCGAUGCUAACGAUAUAUCACCAUCAACCAUUGAUAUACUCUGUCAGUUUAAGAACUUGGAACAUCUCUCCAUUAGUCGCUGCUAUCACAUAUUCAAUCCCAGUUGCCCUCAGAAUGUGCUAAAACUUGGCACAAUACCGUCCUUAAGAUUUUUGGAUCUGUUUGGGCUGGAGAAGUACAUACCAAAUUUAGUGCUCAGCUUACCAAGUAUAGAGAUCAACAAAUUUGAAUUUUCCAGCAUUGCAAGACCCACUGUUGGCAUAAGAAGAACAAGCAUUUGGGGUUUGAGGGUUCGAGACUAAUGGCUACUCUUUGCAUUCCUUUGUAAACAUUUUCAUCUUAUUUCAGAUGUUUUUAUUUUUAAAAGACCAAUUUCUUCAUUUUCUAGUUUAGUGUAGCAUUUGGGUUUGUUUUUGCUUUAAUGGUGGCUGACUUAGAGAAUUAGUUCAGGGGCUGACAAUCUUGGGGAAAUGAUAAGUGUGUUCAUCUUGAAUGUGCAAGAAGAACCUCCUGUCUGCAUCUGGAAAUUAUUUAUAUCUUUUCAGUUUGCAGGUAUGAAUUACUACCACUGGAGUGGUACUUGUUAGUUGUUGCACUGUAACUUUCUUUGUUGUCUGCUCCUCUGAUUCUUUUUUGAACCUAGUUCAAAGAUUUCUCGUUGUGCACAAAUCAAGUUUUCAAAUCAUUUUCUACAUCAAUUACAGCAUUUUUCUUUAAAGAGAAAUUAUAAAUAUUUUGCAUUAUUUUAAUUUUAUGUCAUUUUUGUUGCAUGUACUGUUUGUAUGGCAACUUAGUACUCUAAACGAGUAUAAACUCUUUUCAUUGUUCUUUUUUUUUUCUCAUUUAAUGUUGACUGAUAUUAGUUUUUAAUUAGUCAUUAUUUUGCACAAUGUGCAUCUGGUCCUCCUUGAGGAAAUCUCAAUGUGCCUUAUUGAUGGAGAGUACACAAUUACUUUCCAGUCUAUUGUGAUUUUAAGAACAGAUCUCAUUCCAUAUGGAUGCACUUCGGAGCAUGAUAAUGAAGUUUUCGCAACUUUCAUUGGAAGAAGGAAAGAAAAUUAGUGAUAGUUGGAAUAUUGUUCCUGAGCAAUGCUUGAAAUGUGAGAUGAACUGUAUAUAGACGUGGUGAUCUUUGCCAGUUUAAUUUUUGUGUUUGUUGCAGCCUUAAUUCAGUCCAGUAUUUAAUUGUCAUCACUCUCAUGGACUGAUGUGUUUGCAAGUCACUUUCUAACAUGUAUCCAACUGUUGUUCAAAAGAUUCAAGUGAGAUAGUUUUAAGGAUGGUGCUGCAUGUGCAAACGCUGCUAUGAAUUUUUUCUGAAAGUAUUGUUUGAAUAUUGUUUCUGUUCAUAUGUAAACACCACUAUAGUGAUCAUGAUGUCUUCACAGAGAAGCAGAUUGAUCACUAUGGUGGGGUUUACAUCAAAUCUCUACUAUCUCCAUUACAUUGUGAUAUGUAAGCCUCUUUGCAGGCAUUUUCACUGCCAUGUAUAAUAAAAUGUUGAUGUGUUAA